UUGAUCAAACGCAGUUUGAAAGCGGAUUAAAAGACGUUUAUAUUGCAGAAAAUAUCGCAGAUGAAAAAGAGAAUAUCCUCAAAUUUAUUUCCAAUCAAAUGAAUGAAUAUCAACCACGCGAUGAUUAUAAAGAGUUAUUGGAACUCAUUCUAAUAUUUUUAGAAGAUGAAUCGUCAGUUAAUAUUAAGUUCAAAGCUCCUGGAGCCACUCAUCACGCCAGGUGGCUUGCAAAAGCCAUUUAUUGUCUUAAAUUGUUCCUGUUUAAACAACAGUUUAAGAUCUCGGCAAUACAAGUUUCGCAACUCAGAGUCAUUUGCUUGUUUAUUGUUAAAAUUUAUGCGAUAUCAUGGUACAGUUACCCUAACCCACUUAAAGCUCCAUAUCAGGAUCUCCAAUUUUUGCAACAAUUGGUUAAAUUUAAAAGUAUCAACCCAAAAGUUUCUCAAGUUGCCACUAAAAAAUUUACCGGGCACUUAUGGUACUUGUCAGAAGAGCUAGCUUCAUUAUCAUUUUUUGAUGAUUCGAUAUCAUUAGAAACUAAAUUGAAAAUGGUACAAGCAAUAAAAAAUAAAGAAAGUCUAGCAGAUAAUAAACGUAUCAAGAUAAGUGAAAAAGAUUUAGAUUUGAUAUGUGAUAGAGAAAUGAGUGAUUUUAUCACUAAAAAAUCAACGACAUUAUUUCAACAGUUCGAAUUACCAAUGGAUUUUCUCGACUUAACGCCAUCAGAAUGGCAAAACGAUCCAAAUUAUAUUCAUUGUCUGGAGAUACUUCGAACUAUCAAAGUUGUAAAUGAUAUUGCUGAACGGGGUGUGGCUUUAAUUAAAGAAUUUAACGAAUUCGCAACUAAAGACGAAGAACAGAAGCAAUAUUUAUUACGUAUAGUACAUGAACACCGAAAAUUAUAUCCCUCCAGUAAUAAAAACAAUUAUUUAGAUUAA